UAAAUAGGCUGCAUUUUCUACACUACCAGACCAUAUUUUUAGGACUUUAAUUUUCCCCAAACAUUUCCACAGUGCAGCCUAGCUUACACCAUGCACUACACUUUGAAAUUAGAAUCUUACCUCGGGUAGCCUCUCUUGGUUUGGAGAACUUCAAAUUAUUUGAGUUUUCAUCACUUUCCACUUGCUCCACACUGCUGUGAAGAUAGGUCUGGCAAUACGAGGCUGCUUUCCACCAUACACCUACCUCAGAGGAGUUUAAUCAUUACAUAAACAAAACAACUAUCUCAAGAACAAUUUUUCUUUCCUCUGGACACCUCCCGUGCAUUGUGUGGUUGGGACUUUGACCCGGGUCUUUACCUUGUUGUGAGGAGUCCCAUCUCAGUGGAGGGGAAGGAGGCCGAGGUGGUGACUGUGAAGUUCAUUUAGCAAGGACAUUCAUUUCUGAACAAGAACCAUGAUGUUGACCUGAACACAGAGGCUCUGCUUGUGAGACGUUCCGAUCAAGAGGUUUAUGUCAAAGCUGCUUCCUGCCACCAACACUGAAGUGGAAAUCUCAACUGCAAGGUUUUUAUACAUCCUAAAGAGUCUUGACUUGUUCCUCAAAAGAUGACCUUCUUAUGACCUUCCCAUAAAACAAGAGCCGGCUCGCGGAAAAGACCCUGGAGCUACUCGGUGCCCACGAGCCUGCCGUCCCUCCCGGUGACCGAUGCCAGCAAGCCCGGCUCCAGAACGCGGAACGCAAAUUGAAUCAGCGGCUGGGCAGAGUGGAGUGGAUGCGUCUGGUGGGCAGAGGAGUUGGGAGGUGACCUGCCAGCCCACACACAGCCCCUCCUGGGAGGAAAGACUCUACAUGGAGCUCCAGGAGCUGCAGGCCUACAGGCAGGGUCUCCCGGGUUGUUUCCCUCGAGAUGCUGCUUGUGCUGAACCACAGCUUUCACUUUCUGGAGCUGCUGCUCUGAUGUUGGAGUACUGCUCCGUAACCACUGGAGCUAUACAGGAAGCUGAUGUCAGAAACGGGGCAGAAGGGGAUGGAGGUGGAGAAGCUCCCCCUAAGGGGCUGUGGUACUCCCUACAGGCAGGACCUCAGGUUCAGAUGCAGCAUAAUGUAUGCAGUCCUACUCCAGCAGAGCUGCCGUGUACAGUAAUUCCUGAGCCUCCUGCCGCCAGGCACUGUUGUGGUUUGAGAGUAUUGCAGACAGAGCUUCUGAAGGAUGGAUACGACCUCCCAUCCCAUGAUGCCCUGGCACAGAUCCUACCAAAUGGGCGCUACCUUUUCAAGGGAGCGAAGACGGAGCUCCACAGAGCAGCCCAACAAGAACAGAAGAGGCCAGCUGAGAGGCCAGAGGCUCCACAGGCCAACAGACCCAACAUAAACCACACCUAUCAAAUACAUCAUCCACGUAAACGAACACCUCUGCAUGACUUUGAGGAUGAUCCCCACAUGGCAGAGAUCACCGACCUCCAAACUAAGGAGGUGGAAAACUACCGUUCAGCCAUGAGUAAGAUGGCAGAAGACAUCAUAGUGCUGAGGACACAGGUGGUGACGUUGGACUCAGAAAACAGCCAGCUCCGCACCGAUCUGUCUCUGCAGCAGGACCUUGGCCGAGACCUGUUGGAUGACACCGACAUCGAUGUCAUGACCAAGGCUGAGAUUGCUGACCGUAUAGCCUCUCUGAAAUUAAAGCUGGCCAGUGAGAUCAGUAAGGCUGCCUCUCAAAGGGACAGGAUCCAACAGCUGCAGAAUGACCUGAUCAAGAAGAAUGACAGUGAGAAGGAGCUACUAAAUCUUCAGAGAGUUCACCAGCAGCAACAGGAGGAUCUUCGGCGCCACCAGAGUUGCUUGGCAAAGAUAGCAACGUUGGAGGCCACAGUGAAACAGCAGGAAAAGGUCAUUGAGAAGAUGGAGAAAGCGUUAGAUGGCAAAUUCAUAGAGAAGAUUAAGCUGAGUGGUGACAAAAGGCUGGGGGUGAAAAAGCAAAGAGGUGAGACUGACCACAGAAAGGAAGAGACGGAGUUGGCCCUGGCAGCAGAAAACACUCGUCUCAGAGGAGACUUGGACUGGAUUCGCCAGCAGCCUGCUUCACUCAUUAUACAGCAGUCAGCACAGACAAAAGAAACUGUGCCACUCAAGGAGAGACUGAGUUUACUAAAUAAACUGGAGAGGGCCGAGGCAAGAGUCCAAACACUGGUGGCUCAGCUGGAGGAGAACUCUAAAUUAUGGGGGAGACAGAAACAAGAAAUGUUGACCAAACUGAGUGAGCACAGGCAUGGCUUUGUCCGGACGUCCACCACAAUCCUUCAUAAUGUUCCUUCAAGGUCUGUAUCAGAGUCAUUGUAUCAGCAAAGCAGCCAGAGGAAGCAGAAGCCCGUAAAAUGACCUGCAAAUGAACUACUGAACUGUUGACCAAGACUAAACACAGUUUUCUUUGAUUUAAUGUAUCAAAUAAGAUAGUUUCACAAAUGAAUAUAUUUAGAUAUGUAAUGAAUGUAAUAAAAUGAUAUAUUACAAGACA